CCGACAAGCGGCAAAUUUACCGCGCCGUACCUUAAUUUGUUUGCUUGAUAAUUGUUUUGCUCUAUUAGCGUGUUUUUGCAUUUGCAGUGGGAUAAGCUACGGGUUUCAACUAGAAUAAGAUAUUUGUCCGAAGUCACGUGUUCACGUUGCCGCACUGCGCUUUCGGUUGAUGUUGCUUCUGUUUGUAUCAGCAGCGUUCGUUUGCUUAGUCAAUUGUACUCUUGCCUCGCUACUUUAUGUUGGUGGAAGCGAUGCCACCCAAUAAAUUGAAAAGUAGAAUUUGGAACUAUUUUACCAAAAUUGGUGACAGGGAAGCUGUGUGUAAAAUAUGUAAUAAGAACCUGAAAACUCCAGGUAACACAACCAAUCUUCGUGGUCACCUGGACAAAGUACAUUCACAGCAAUGGGAAAAUUCAGAAGUACCAAGCAAAAAGACAAAAAGAGUUAUUACUGACUUUAUUGGAAUAGAUGCUGCAACGCCUGAGACUAGUGUUUUAAAUAAGGUCGACCUUCCUUCAACAUCGAACAGCCGCGUAAAUGGCAAUUCUUCGACCAGUUCCGAGAGCGUUAGAGGCACACAAAAUUCAGUUGCUAGUACAUCAUCAAGCACUGUUACUCAUAGUUUCAAUAAAUCUGCACAGCCAAGUGUUGAUGACUUCAUAAGCAACAUAAAAAGCAUAACGGCACAGGAUGGAGCAAAAUCAAAAAAAAUUACUGAUGCUAUAGCAAACUUUAUAAUCAUGGACAAUAGACCAUUUUCCACCGUAAAAGGUAAAGGUUUUUCACAGCUGAUGAGGGAAGUUUGUCCGUUGUACAAAAUGCCUAGUCGAGAGACAAUAAAGUCUAGGAUUCAUGAUAAAUAUGAGGAAAUGAGUAAUCUUUUUAAAACAUACAUAAAGAAUGCUGAAAAUUAUUGCAUUACCUAUUAUAUUUGGACGGAGCCAAUGCAAAAUAAAUCAUUUCUAGGUGUUACAAUACAUUUUUUGGACAAGUUUAAACUCCUCAGUGGAACGCUGGGUAUUUUUGAAAUGACAGAAGGCCAUAGAUCUGUGUGCAUAACUGAAAAGCUCAAAGAUAUUUUUGAGGAGUGGCAUAUUUCCAUUGACAAGGUUUCAGCCAUCAUCACAGAUAAUGAUAGCACGGUGAUGAAAGUCAAUCGUGACAUGUUUGGAGAAAAAAAGAUUAUUCCUUGCUUUGCUCACACGAUCAAUAUAGUUGUAGCUAAAUCCAUUGACGAUUCAAAAAAUUGUACUGAUUUAAUAAAUAAGGUUCGAGAUAUAGUGAAAUUUAUAAAAAAGAACGUUAACGCAAGUGACGAGCUGAGGAAAAGGCAAACGGAUAUGGGGUUGAAAGAAGGUCAAGUCAAAAAAAUGAUACUUGAUAUUCGAAAAAGAUGGAACUCGUGCUUUUACAUGCUCCAGCGGUUCAUUGAAUUAGUGCCCAUUGUAGGAGCAAUACUUUUGACUUGACCACUAGCUCCCACAAUGAUCUCAAGCAGUGAAAUAGACUGGGUAAAAGAAAUUAUAGAAUUACUUUGUCCAUUUGUAAAAUUAACAAAAGAAAUUUCUGGAGAUAGCUACAUAACGGUUAGCAAAGUCAUUCCAUUAGUGAGUUGCGCCAGGGAAAUCGUAGAAAAUGUCAAACCUAAAAAUAAAAAUAUUUCUGAAUUUAAAGAAGAGAUUAAAAACAACUAGCAAGAAGAUUUGAUAAUUUAGAAUAUUCUGCAAUUCUUGCCAUUUCAAGUACUCUCGAUCGUAGAUUUAAGUUUAUGCAUUUUAAAAAUGCCUGGGCCAAAGGCAGAGUAAUUAAUUAUUUAAACAAAUAUGUGCGUGAAUACAACAGCUCACCUACAACCUAUAAUGAUACAUCCGAUGAGUCUGAUAAACACGACUCAGACUUUGACAUCUGGAAAUAUCACAAACAGCUUACCCACAAGAACAUGAAAAAUAAAUUCCCUGCUGCUGCUAUGACAGAAACUGUCGGUGAAACAGAAGUUCAGAUGUACCUGUCGUCUCCUGUUACACCAAUAAAAGGAGACGCUAUUGAAAUUUGGGAGGAUAUGAAAUCCCUGUUCCCGAAACUUCCAAAGAUUGCAAUGAUAUACCUCCCCAUCGUUGCCACGUCUGUGCCAAGCGAGCGCUUGUUCUCGCAAGCUGGUGCAACCAUCACUCAGGAUAGAAAUAGGCUUCUUUUCCUGAACUCCAUUUCAAAGUUUUUAUAUUCAAACAAAUAAGAUUUA